GCGCCUUUCUUUCUCCGGCGGAAGCGAUUGGCGGACGCGGGGCGAAAGAGGCGGGACGAAUUGCCGCGGGUUCAGUGCCGCCACUGGAACCGGGAGAUGCGGCGCAGGAGCUGUCGCUGUGUUGGGUUUUACCUGAAUCUCGUCUCCUGUGGCGGUGCCUGCUGCGGCUUCGGUCAUGUUGUUACCGUCGGACAUAGCGCGACUAGUACUGGGUUACUUACAACAGGAAAACCUCACUUCUACCUGCCAGACUUUUAUUUUGGAAAGUUCAAAUUUAAAAGAAUACGCAGAACAUUGUACAGAUGAAGGUUUUAUUCCAGCCUGCUUACUGUCCUUGUUUGGAAAAAACCUGACAACAAUUCUGAAUGAGUAUGUAGCUAUGAAAGCAAAAGAAACAUCAAAUGAUGUCCCAGCAAUUAUGUCAUCUCUAUGGAAGAAGUUAGACCAUACACUUUCUCAGAUCAGGAGCAUGCAAAGUUCCCCGGGCUUUGUUGCUAAUCAGAGAGUCCGAACAAGAAGUGGCAUUGCAGAAAUCAAACGACAGAGAAGGCUUGCGGCUCAAGCAGCGCCCGUCAGUUCAGACUUGCUGACUUUAGCGUAUCUUUCAGGGCAGUGUACUCCUACUCCCCCUCCUCCUCCCACAGCUACACAGGUUAAUCGGCUGGCUGGCCAGAUUUCAGCUCCUUUGAGAUCAAAUUUUAUAGUGGUCAACCAUUCACAGUCACAAGACACUGCUGCCACUGGAGAGGGUUUAAAUAUCAUUCCUGGUCCCCAGGAAAAGAAAACUCAGACCACAGUAAUGUCUCCUGCUAGACGCAAAAGUGAAUCUCAAAGGAAAAGUAACACUUUGUCUGGGCCUCAUUCAACAAUACGGAAUUUCCAGGAUCCAAAUGCAUUUGCAGUAGAAAAACAAAUGGUUAUUGAAAAUGCACGAGAAAAAAUAUUAAGUAACAAAUCUCUUCAAGAAAAGCUUGCAGAAAACAUUAAUAAAUUUUUGACUAGCGACAACAAUAUUGCACAAAUACCUAAGCAAACAGAGAGCAAUCCUACGGAACCGGAGACUUCAAUUGAUGAACUCCUGGGACUUCAGAGUGAAAUCCAUAUGUCUGAGGAAGCUAUACAGGAUAUAUUGGAACAAACAGAAUCAGAUCCAGCAUUUCAGGCACUCUUUGAUCUCUUUGACUAUGGUAAAUCAAAGAAUAAUAAAAAUAUGUCACAAGGCAUUUCCAGUCAGCAUCUGGAAACCAAUACCGGUGUAGUCUUAGCAGAUGGAACUAAUCUAGCAGUUAAAGGUUCUUUUGAAACAGAACAGUCUGAUGAUCAAUCUGGGCAGCCCCCAUUUUGUGCAUCCUAUCAAAAUGAAGACACCUCAAAUGCUUUGAAGAAUAGCAGCAACCAUGAGGAGCUUGGACAGGAAGCCCAGGAACACUUUCCUCAGAUAGGCUCUAGCAUCCAGAAAAAGGCAUUUAAAACAGUUGUACCUAAUGGACAGAAGUGUACCCUUGAUAUUACCUUUGAGUCUGUGCCUCAUUUGAAUGACUUUAACCAAAGAGUAAAUGCUGAUGCUGAAUGUAAUCAGCGUUGUGCUGAAUUGUACGCCCAUCAGAUGCCCACUGACACCGCCAUGACGCUGGAGGUUGGAAAGACUCCUCUACUGUCCAGCACACCGCGGGAGCCUCCCUUGCAGCCUGAUCCGGCCGCUCUACCAGUGACGUCGUUUGUUUCCCUUGGUGGUGAAACUAAUGGUGAAAACUUAAUUCUCUCUGGGAAGAGUUCUCAGCUUUUAUCCCAAACUAUUCCAUUAACUGGAAAGACAUCUAAAACAAGUCAAUUUUGUGAAAGCUCUAACAACACAGCAAGACUUAAAACUACUACUCUCCCUGGUUCUAAGUCAGACCCUAGAGAAAUGCACCAGAAUAAAACUGAGGUUCACGGUGUAUUGCCAGUUGCCUCACAACGUGCAGACUGCCAAGAUAAUUCUUCACUUCCAAAUAAAAUACUACCUCUGUCAGUUGAAAGUUCAGGUUUAAAUGUAUCCGAACAGGUAGACAUUCGUCUUGAAGAUUCGGUGUCUUCAGUUAAACAACCAUCUGAGGAUUCAUCAGCACCUGAGUUAAGUCAUUUGGAAAAACAUGAAAGUCAGCCCUCCAAGUCUGAGAAAGUCGCUGUCGAUUCACAAGAGCCUGCGUCUUUAAAAGAAGAUGGAGAUAGUAUUUUUCUCACUUUAGGUGAAGCUGGUAACUGUGGGGAGGUUGCACUGAUGGCUCCAGAAGGUCAUCCUCUGGAAGAGAAGCAGUCUCUUCCUUCAGAAUCUGUGUGUUCUUCGGUGGGAGAUUCUCCCCCUGAGUCCGAAAAGACUAGUGAAAAACCUGCAGUGGACAAUUCAACAGACAUAGAUGCAUCAAAUAUUGUCUCUCUCAAAAUUAUCAUUAGUGACGAUCCAUUUGUUUCCUCAGAUACUGAACUGAACAGUGCUGUUUCCAGUAUCAGUGGGGAAAACUUGCCGACUAUAAUACUGUCCUCUCCUGCCAAGUCUCCUGCCAAAGAUGCAGAGUUAGUUAAAUGCCUGUCUUCAGAAGAGACUGCAGGUGCUGUCACAUCUGCUGACAGACUAGGGGAUUCCACGCCAGGGGAACAAAGCCUUCUGGCCCUCAAACCUGAGGACUCUCCCGGAAACGGCGCUCAGAAUGAAGGCAGCGGUGCUUUCUCAUCCACCGUCACACCGUGUGUCUCCAAGGAUGGGGGGUACAUACAGUUGAUGCCGGCUACGAGCACGACUUUUGGCAAUUCAAAUAACAUUCUCAUAGCUACCUGUGUGACAGAUCCAACAGCCCUAGGAACAACUGGAAGUCAGUCUAAUGUGGUGGUGUUGCCUGGAAAUUCUGCCCCCGUGACCGCUCCACCACCCCUGCCCCAGUUACAGACACCCCCGAGGUCAAACAGUGUGUUCGCCGUCAACCACACUGUGUCACCCAGCUUUUCACAAGGAUCUGCCAUCAUAAUUGCUUCUCCCGUCCAACCUGUGCUCCAAGGAAUGGUGGGAAUGAUCCCUGUGUCUGUGGUUGGACAGAAUGGAAAUACCUUUUCUGCUCCUCCUCAGCAGCUCCUUCAUAUGCCUUUGGCAGCACCUGUAUGCAAUAGAAGUAUCCCUCAAAUUCCCAUCCCUCCAAAAUCUCAGAAGACUCAGGGACUAAGAAACAAGCCUGGUACAGGAAAGCAGGUAAAUAAUUUGGUGGAUUCAUCUAGUCAUUUAGUUGGAUGUCAUGCACAAAGAACUGAAGUGUCUGACAAGAGUAUGGCCACAGACCUUGGGAAAAAACUGGAAGAAAUGACAGUCCCCUUCUCAUUAGAGAGCGUAGUUCCAGCUAGCAGACCAUUCGAAAGCCACCGACGUGUGCUCUGUUUUGAUAGCACUGCUUGUCCUGUGGCAGACUCGCGGGGCACAGACCGUAAGACGGUGUCCCAGAACAAAGAAAGGAAUGACAUUGCAUUUCCUAAUCUUGAGUCACCCGUUGUGUCCUCCGCCUUAAAACCCCCUUCUAAUAAUGCUCUCAAAAGGGAGAGAGAGAGACCUCCUUUGCCUAAGAUUUUAUCUAAAUCAGAAACUGCCAAUGGCCGACAUACCACCAUAAAAGAAACUCAGUCAGAAAAGAAAGUUUCACCAACAGAAAUUGUACUUGAAUCUUUCCAUAAAGCAACAGCUAAUAAGGAGAAUGAAUUAUGCAGCGAUGUCGAAAGGCAGAAAAAUCCAGAAACUUCAAAACUGUCAAAUGGACAGCAAAAUGGAGGUUUACGGAAUGAGAAAACCAUAGCUUCACUGCAAGAACUAACCAAAAAACAAGGCACAUCUUCAAAUAGUAAAAAUGUCAUUUCAGUAGGUACAACUGUGAAGGAUCCAAAACAAGAACAAAUGAAAUGUGCCAGUUCUCUGAUUAACCCAUUAACCAAACAUGCCACCGAAGUGUUGCCAGAUGGCCAGUGGCCUAGCCCCGUAAAUAGGCUUCCCGAUAGUUCCGAUGCACCCGUCCCCCGGACAUCUGGCUCAGGGGCAGGGGACAAACAUAAAGAGGAGCCUAGAGAUGGUAUCAAGGUCCCCUCUAGUAGGCGUUUUGGUGAAGACAGUGGCACAGCCAAGGUAAUGGUCCCUCCUGUCACCCCAGACUUGCCUGCCUGUAGCCCUACCAGUGAGACAGGGAGCGAGAACAGUGUAAGCAUGGCUGCCCACACCCUCAUGAUUCUCUCCAGAGCAGCCAUCUCCAGGACUGCCUCGACGACUCCUCUCAAAGACAAUACCCAGCAGUUCCGAGCCUCUUCCCGGAGCACCACAAAAAAGCGGAAAAUCGAGGAAUUAGAUGAACGUGAACGAACCUCUCGUGCUUCUAAUAAAAAUCUUGCAAAUUCAUCACUCCCAAUGAAAAAGAAGAAAAUAAAGAAAAAGAAGCUACCCAGUUCAUUUCCAGCUGGAAUGGAUGUGGACAAAUUUUUGUUAUCAUUGCAUUAUGAUGAGUAAACAUUCUGAACAUAAAAGAACAGUAGCUAUUUAAAACUCGUAUCCCUUAAACUAUGAGUGUAGGGAAUGAGAUAUUGACAGAGCCUAAAAGCAUGACCUGCACUUUCCUUAUACUGAAACUUCACUUUAUAUCUGAAUCAUGCUGUUUCUGAAGCAGCUUCCUAGUUUGUAAAUAGAUUUACCUAGUAUAUUUUUUAUUUUGGGAAAAACAUUUGCAGAAAUGUAAGUAAAGCCAAUCUGCAAAACUGUAUAGCUCUGACACUUACGUGCUGUAAAUAUUGUAUAAAUCUUGUUGAAAUAGAAGUUAAAUCAACCUAGUGUUCUUACAUUGUGUUUUUUGACUUGUGAUCCCUAACUGAGGCUUAUUCAUCUGGAGUAGUUUCUCACUUCUUUGGGGGAAAAAUGAUGCUUUUCCUUAUAAAAUUGCCUUCAGUAACUGUUGUACAAGACAUUUAAAGACGGCCACAAAGUAGGACAAAGGUGACGACAACCUCAGUUGGUGGUGGAGCAAUUAGAAAUGAACAAUUUAGGUUUUUCCUAGAGUGAAUACUUUAUUACCCCUUCUUAUAAUUGCAGUAAAGAUUAUAUUCCUGAAAUUUUACACUUUAAUGUGUUUCUCCUGGUCGUUCUGGUCUCUUUGUUCUAAAGAGAGAAUUUUGUAAACCAUUUCUGAGUGUUCUGAUCUUUUGUUUAUAACUUUUAGGAUCUUUUACAGAACUUUAAAUGUUUAGACUAUUGAGCCAUACAAAGUUUAUGUAGUAGUUGAGAUUUCUUGGUAUGUAUAUACUUUUUCCCAUAUACUGGGGAUUUGAAGAAUUGCACUAAUUCAUAGAACUUCAUACAUAGUAGUGACCAGUGCACAUUUAAUUUAAAUCUUGUAUUCUAUGUUAAAGCUUGUAUGGAGGAUUAUCUUCUGGUAUCCUUUUAGAAAGCCAUGUCCAUCAUAAGAUGUAAAAGAGAAAUCAUAGUUUUAUAUUUUAAUUUAGUUUCUCCUGAACUGGGCUAUGUUAAAGAACUGUAUCUGUACUGAGAUAUAAUGCUCUGUCUCUGUGCCCCUAAGGUGUUAAAGAGUUACUCUCAAGAAGUCCUUAAGGAGAAUGAAAGAGGUGCCUUCUCUGUGUCAACUCACACACAUCAGUAAAGUUGAAAAAUUGGUUUAAACUUUUAAAUGAGAACAGAAAUUAUCAUUAAUAUCUGACCGAUUGUGCCUAGAUUAAAGUAUAUUCUCUUAAGUGCUUUCUGUUUGGUUGAAUAUCAGUAUAUCAAGGAUUUUUUUCUACAGGUGUAUAUGUUGUUAAAGGGUUAUUUUCCUCAGCCUUUUUUUUUUUUAUACUAGGCCUUUAAAAAACUAAAUCCAUUCUACUCCUGUUUCUCAGUGUGGAAAUCACGUCAUAAUUGCUGAGCCUUACUGCAGAAAUAUGUCUUGUUAAACAUUUCUGUGAUAUGGCGGGGGCCUAUUCCUAAAGAACUACAUAUCAUACCCGUAAUGUUUAUUUAACUCAACUUGAUGCUGUACUACAGUUAGGUUUGAAUAAAUAUUUUCAUUAACUGCAAAAGUUUGAAUUACUUUAUAUUGGCAGUCAUUCUCAAGUAGAUACUUUCAUUAAAUUCCUUUGCAAGUCACUUUUUCAGAAGUUCACAUAGCGUUGGAAAACAUUUCCUUCUUAUUGAAUUAAUAUGUAUUAAUAGGUGCUAAGUACUAAAAAGUCAUACACAGAGUAAGUUCACUUUAUUCAAGAUUCUUAGGCACUAGCCAAGAGCUGCACUUGAUACGGUCCAAAAACAACUUAUAUGCUUGCAGCUUUCAUUCAUGUUAAAGAGCAAAACCAUAAUUCCCUUUUUACCUUAAAAGUCCAAAUUCCUGGACAUAAUUGUAGUGUAUACCUGGUAACCUAUUUUAACAUUCAGAUGCCCAGGGAAUGCAUUUCAGGGUCAGGGUAUAUACACCAUAAACUACUUGUGGCUACUUUGAGAACUACAUGUAAGGAUCCACUCUUUAUUUUGGACAUUAUUUAGUGGUUAAUGCCUUCAACGUGUGCCAAAUCUGGGAAUUUUUGUAAUUAAAAGAUUUGAUUAUUUUAGCCCUGGAUAUUGUUAGAACCUUUUAGUAGUAUGUUGAAACAUCCAUCAGCACUCAGCCAAAGUCUGGAUGUCAUGACUCUUAAGGAGAGUUAAGUAUGAAGCUUCAAUACGAUGUCAUUUCAAAUGCUUGUUGUUAUGUAUUUUGCAGUCAUUAUUUCUCAAGCCACCAUCCUUUGGCCACAGGCUCAACUUCUUGAAAUUCUGUAUUAAGUUUUGACUUUACUAUUAGAUGUUUUCUUUUAAUAGACUUUUUUCUUUUUAUAAAAAAAAUUAACAUUUGGCAUACCUUUUUCCUAUUUUUUCUACAUACCUGAACUUAAACAGCAAAUACAACUUCCUAAUGCUUUUCAGUUUUUAUAUAUUAUAAAAAAAGAAAACCAUAUGACAACCAUUAAGAGUCAUUUUAAUUUAUAAAUGAACAAAAAGCUUAGAAAGUCUUCAAAAAAAAAAAACAGCACUGACAGAUUUGUAACCAAAUAGCUAUUUAUAUUAUCAGCUGCUUUCUUAGACAUUUUAGAGUGGAAUUACCAAAUUAAAAACUUAGUAUAUAUCUUUUUAAGGAUCUCAAUACAUUUUGCCAAAUUACUGCAGAAAAUUUUUUUCAGUUUACAUUCCUGCCAGCAAAUUAUCAUUUCUGCCAUAGCAUGUGCUUAUCACUUACCAAAGAUACAUACAGUCAAAGACGUCAUCACUGGUUUCUAGGCUUUUAUUUCUUAUUAAAAUUAGGAGUUAGCUCCCAGCCCAUAUAAAAUUUGUUUUGAUACCUGGUGUGAAGUACAGAUCAGAGUAUAUUUUUUCCCUAAACAUUUAACCACUUGACUUGGUAUAACUGGUUAAGGUUUCUCUCUUCACACACAUUUACUUAAAAUGUCUCUUACCCUGUACUGACUCAAUUUCUUGUUCACAAUUCUAAAAUUCAAAAGGUUCUAACAACCCAUUUUUCUCCCUAAGUUUAGCAUCAAUUAUUUAAUGGCAAAACGUGACCUGAUUUGACAUGAGGCUACAUGAAUCUUUAUCUCAUUUGGUAGGGAUAUUCAUAUUUUAUUACUAGAAAAGUAGUAAUGUGCUUAUUAAAAUGUGCUGUUUGAGAUUGAACAGGGUGUAUGUGACAUAUACAUCAUGUUACUUUUUAAAAAUCCUAAAUAUUCUGAAUCCUGAAACCCAGCUAACCAUAAAGAUAGAAGAGCAAAGACUUUGAACCUUUGUUAAAUUUAUACAUCUUUACAUACACUGUAGUGUGUAGAUUAUUUUGUACCACUGAUCAAAUCAUUAUAGCUUUGUGUCUGUUUUAACUAUUCUUCUUCCAAGUAUUCACUCCUUCCAUGCUUGCCGAUUAACUUUUUUAGAAUCACUUGUUUAAUUUCAAAUUAAAAUUCUUUUGGAAUAUUCAUUUGAAGUACAUUAACCCUGUAAGUUAACUGAUACUGAAAGAAGCAAAUGGUAAGGGCAGUAUGGUGAGUAUCCAUAAUUUUGUAGUUACUGCUAGUCUUAUAAAUUCCUUGCUGAACUGGGUAUUUUGUUGUUUGUUGUAUUCGUGAAGAACUCUUCCAUUGUUAUAACUGGUUAUUGCUUUUUUAGUUAGUGUAAAAUUUUUAUGGAAGCAUAACAUAGAAAAAGUGCACCAACUAUUAAGUUCACAAUUCAGUGGAUUUUCUAAAAGUACUCACAUCCACUUAAUUACCCAGAUUGAGACCAGCACAUUGCUGGUACCCCAGAAUCCCUCUAGUAACUGCUAACUCCCAGGGUAAUAAUUAUCCUGACUUCUGCCACCACAGUUUCAGCUUUUUUUUUUUUAACAGUUUAUGUAUUCAUGCAGGAUAUAGUCUUUUAUAACUUCUUUUGCUCAGCAUUGCAAAAGAUCCACCCAUGUAUGUAAUUCAGAUGUCUUCCAUGCUAUGUAUUUUUUCCUUGUGUUUAUCCAUGUUGUAUUAUACCACAGUUAAUCCAUUUUGUAAUCGGUGAACAUUUAUUUUCAGUUUGGGGCUAUUAGAAAUAGAACUGUGACUAUAUUUAUACAUUUUUUGUGGUGAAUGUAUUACAAUUCUCAGUUGGAUAUAUAUUCAGUAGGUUUGCUGGCUCUUAGGGUUGCAUAUAUCCAACCCUGUUCAGAUUUUUCAGUUGUCCAGAGUGGUUUUACCAAAUCCUACUAUCAACAGUGUAAGGAGAGUUCCAUUUGUUCUACAUCAUUGUCAAUACUUGGUAAUUUCAUUUUAGCCAUUUUGGUGGUGUAUAUUGGCAUCAUAAUGCAGUUUUACUUUAGUUCUUCCUGAUAGAACUGAACACCAUUUCAUAUGCUUACUGGCCAUUUGGAUGAUGGGUCUCCUUUUGUGGAGUAUCUGUUCCUAUCUUUUGACCACUUUUGUAUUGAGUUUUCUGCCUUUUUCUUACUGAUAUGUACAUGUGCUUUCUGUGUUCUAGAUACAAGUCCUAGUUCAAAUAGAUAUAUGAUGUCUGAAUAUUUCACCAUGUUUUUCUUCUAGCAAUUUUAUUGUUCAACCUUUUGUAUUUUGAUUAAUCAUCCAAUUAACCCAGCACCAUUUUUUUUUAAGAUUUUUUUAUUUAUUUAUUUGACAGCGAGAGAGGGAACACAAGCAGGGGGCGUGGGAGAGGGAGAAGCAGGCUUCCCACUGAGCAGGGAGCCCGAUGCGGGGCUCCAUCCCAGGACCCUGGGAUCAUGACCUGAGCCAAAGGCAGAUGCUUAACGACUGAGCCACCCAGGUGCCCCUACCCAGCACCAUUCUUGAGAAAGACUUUCCCUUCCCAAAUACACUGCACUGUUACCACUGUCAUGAGCUAAUAAACCAUGUACGUCUGAGUUUGCUUCUGGACACUAAUCUGUUCCAUUGAUCGACUUUUUUUAAUUGAAGUAUAAUUAACAUACAAUGUUAGGUUACUUUCAGUUAUGCAACAUACUGAUUCAGCAAUUCUACACAUGACUUGGUGCUCAGCACAGUAAGGGUAGUCACCAUCUGUCACCAAAAAACGUUAUUAUAGGAUCAUUAACUGUAUUCCCUCGGCUGUACUUUUCAUCUCCGUGACUUACUAAUUUUAUAACUGGAAGUUUGUACCAUUGGUGUACGUUUUAAAGAUGUGCCAGUAACACACCAUCGUAAUGAAUGUAGGAAAUUUGUUUUAGGUUUUUAUGUUUGAGCCACUUACUAAGAGCUCUAUUAGAACUAAUGGUUUUUCUGAUGCUUAGUUUUUAUUUCCUAAGGAUGUAUCCUCUCUAAUUAUUUCCUUUUUUUUUUUUAAAGAUUUUAUUUAUUUAUUUGAGAGAGAGAAUGAGAG